CCUGACGCCAGUACCGUAACGAGAGUAUGGAACGCCUGUGGCAAGUACCUAAACUUACGCCACCCCGUAACGCAAUAAUGACAAAAAAAUUAAAAAUUGUAAUGCAACAAGUUAAAUUUUACUAAAUGCUGUAUAUAUACCGGUAAUUAAUUUAAAUGAUUGUUGAAUAAUAAUGUUGAAAUCAUUGUGUUAUUCAAUUUAUAGAAUUAAAUCAAGAAAAAGUUUGUGGAUUCAGCAGUUGAAACUAUGUUCAACACUAGCAAAAGAAAAUAUAGAAAAGAACAAUGAAAGCACGGAUCAAUUGUUAGAAAAAGAAAAUGAAAUUUUAAAAGUAAUAAAUAAAAGUAAAUUAACACAAUUGAAAAGACACAUUGAACUUCCCUAUGCUGAGAUGAUAAUAUCAUGUCGUGACACAAAUGGAUCCUAUAAAUCAUUAAAUGAUUUACUAUUAAGGAAUAAAUUAGAGUCUGAUAUAUUGAAUACAGUUUGUCAUUCAAUUUUGAAUUACAAUUCUAAGCUGAAUAAAUACAAGAAAUAUAAAGUAACUCCUGAAAUAAAAAAUAUACAGAUACCAAAAACUACAUUGGGUAUACAUGUAGGGCAUACUUUAUUAAGCUGGGCAUUAGUAACCAACACUUUUGAAGUGUUAGAGUGGGAUUGCAUUCCUUGGUUUGAGAAGGAUCCUCGAAGCAAUUGUUAUGACAUUAUCAAAUUAAUAGGAUCUAUUAUUCCAAAAUUACCCACAUGCGAUAACUAUGUAACCGAAGAUGUUCGUCUGUGGCACAUAACAAAUAAAAAUAUGGUGUACUGUCAAAAACAGUUAACUAUUGCAAUCAUGGCUUGUCUAAAAGUAAUAGAAAAUCAGAAAUUGGGUGCUUCAUCGGCACCAGUAAACAGCGUAUAUGUAUUACCACCUCGUGGAUCAGCAAUAUUUUAUAAUCUUAUUGUUGGUUCUGAAGUAGUAUCUCCAGAUUAUGUUAUAAGAAAGUUUAUAAACAAUGAUAAGAAGGCAAAUAAUGAUGAAUUCACAGAGGUAUACUUAAACGAUGCAUUGAAAAAUAAAUACUUAACAGCGAUCGCAGAUCAACGAGAACAAAUGAGUUGGUCUCUUUUAAAGGCUGCAAUGUUUGUACAAUUAGUUAAACAGUCUACAUCAGUUUAAUAAAAAGAGAAUGAAGGUAAUAA